CCGCGGCACAAGGCUGACCAGCCUCUACGCCGCCCAUCCCGCUGUGACGUCACGUCCACGGCUAUUUGCAUGAAGUACGUUGUGCAGCUCAUUUGAGAGUUAAAACCGAAUCUCGCUCGAGAAGCGAAAGACCAUACGGAGCGGGAGAGCGCGAGAAACCUGCGCGAGAAGAGCACUCAUGUUAUCGCGCGCACACUGAGAAGUAUCACAGCGCGCGCUGAAAAUGGAGCUGCCUGCCGCGGGUGAGCACGUAUUCGCGGUGGAAAGCAUCGAAAAGAAACGCAUUAGAAAGGGAAGGUGUGAGUACCUGGUCAAGUGGAGAGGCUGGUCUCCCAAAUAUAACACGUGGGAACCAGAGGAAAAUAUUCUGGACCCGAGACUUCUCGUCGCUUUCCAAAACAGGGAAAGACAAGAGCAGCUAAUGGGUUAUCGUAAACGGGGACCAAAACCAAAACAUCUUCUCCUGCAGGUACCAUCAUUUGCUCGAAGAUCCAGCGUUCUUACUGACCUUCAGGAGGUGUCACAGGGUGAGGAUAACCAACCCAAAACAACUUCAGACCUUGUCCAAAGCCAGCAAUACCAGCUUAACAGCAAGAAGCACCAUCCCUACCAGCCCAACCCUAAAGACAAGCAAGGGGAGGCACGAAUAAAUGGGAAAAAGAAGCACUACUAUCAGCUCAACAGCAAGAAACACCACCACUAUCAACCGAACCCUAAAAUGUAUGACUCCCUGUAUCAGAGGAUCAAGGAGACUAAAGUUCCUGAGUUGACUGACAAGGAGUGGAACUUAUCCCCAGCUCUACAGCAGAAAUGGGUCCAGAGUAAGGAUUCUGAAUGCCUGAGUAAGGUGAGGAAUAUUACAAUGGAGUUGAAAAAGCUCCCUAAACUAAAUGGUGGAGCUGACUUAAACAUGAACACAAACAGUGAUGCAAAGGAAGACAAGGCACCGCCCAAUGGAAUAAGCAGCAAACUGAAGAUCGUGAAGAACAAGAAUAAAAACGGGCGCAUUGUCAUUGUCAUGAGCAAAUACAUGGAAAAUGGCACCCAGGCAGCUAAAAUUAAGAAAGGAACAGCAGCUUCUGGAGAAAAAAGGCAAGCACAAGAUUGUAAGUCCUGUGGAACAGAUGAGAGCACAGAGAAGAUAAAGCACACAAAGAAGCAAAGUCUUGUUAAAGUGAUUAAAAAGGACAGUAAAGCUGAGUCUGCCUGUUUUAGGCUUUCCAAUGGACUAUCAUCUUAUGGAGGGGACAAUCCUAAAAAAACAUGCUCCAUAGUGUUUGAGCCAAACAACUCCGAGACGUCUGGUAGCACUGGAGAUUAUGUAUCUAAUGAACAGCCCUUGCAACUGACAAACAAAACCAGUCUGACUACAGUGCCUAUAGAGACAAGUGAUCAAAAAGGAACCCAAUCUACUCAGUACGCCCCCCUUAUCUUGCCUCAAAAGCGUUGUUACUCUAAGCCAGACAGUGACAGUGGGGAGGCUAAAAGGCUCUUAAUUUCUCAAAGUACUAAUGCUCCAAGUACUGAUUUGUCUUACUCUUGUAACGGCACCACACACUUCAGUGACCAUCAGCACUCUGCCAGGCAGGACUUUGAAAUAUUGGACUCCAACCAAGACGAACCCAUAGACCUCAGCUGUGUAAGGUCAAGAGAAGAGGGAAAAAAUCCCACACAUUCUCAGAUUGGAAACUCUACACUGACCGGGAAAGCGGUGGUCUCUGCAGCAGAUCAAGUAGAGGAAGACAUGAAAAAAACUGUUCAAAGCUUUACACCUUUUCUUGGGAAUAUAAUAAUCACAGAUGUCACAGCAAACUGCCUUACAGUGACAUUUAAAGAGUAUGUUACAGUUUAGGAAUAUGUAUUGGAUAUAAAGUCUAUAAAGACUACUGAAUAUUUACUGUGAAUUUGUAUAAAUGUAAAGCAUGUCUAAAUCAUCAAGUCCUCAAACUUGCCUGAAAUUUUUUGAAACAAUCUAGUGUAAGGUUUUGACAGUUUCAGAUUGUGUUUGAUUAAACUGAUCUGAAUUCAUUUUCAAAUUCACACAUUAAACUAUUCCAUGUUAGGGAUAGAAAAAAAACUAAACAGGUUUUCCUGUUAUUAGCUUGUAUCAUAUUAGCUUAAAGCUGUUUGCAGUGCUGUAUUUCAGAAGGCUUAAAUAUAAGAAGCACUUACUACACAUGUAAUACUGAGAAAGAUUUUCUACUGAUCUGUCUUUUAUAGUCUUUUUGUAAAUGUCACUUGAAAUGUGUUAUUUAGGUUUGUCUAACCAUAUUAAAAGUUUUUAUUUUAA